AUGGAGUCUCCAUUCAAGGCGGAUAUACUGAAGGGGAAGGUGGCUCUGUUGACAGGAGGAGCCUCAGGAAUCGGGUAUGAGAUAUCGCUUCAGUUGGGCAAACAUGGAGCCUGCAUUGCUGUUAUGGGUCGUCGCAAACAUGUCAUUGACUCUGCUGUUGAAACCCUGCAGUCCCAAGGCAUUCAUGCUAUUGGACUUGAGGGUGAUGUUAGAAAAAGAGAUGAUGCAGCUAGAGUUUUGGAAUCAACUGUGAAGCAUUUUGGGAGGCUUGACAUCCUUGUGAAUGCUGCAGCUGGCAACUUCCUUGUGCCAUCUGAGGAUCUAUCCCCCAACGGAUUUCGAACAGUUAUAGAUAUAGACGCUGUUGGCACUUUUACAAUGUGUCAUGAAGCACUCAAGUAUCUCAAGAAAGGAGCGUCAGGAAAAGACUCGUCUGUUGGUGGAACAAUCAUAAACAUAAGUGCAACUUUGCAUUAUACAGCUACUUGGUAUCAAAUUCAUGUAUCUGCAGCAAAGGCUGCCGUUGAUAGCCUUACAAGAAGCUUGGCAUUGGAGUGGGGCACGGACUAUGAUAUUAGAGUCAAUGGUAUUGCACCAGGACCUAUUGAAGACACUGCUGGCUUCAGUAAACUUUUACCUCAGGAGAUUUUGAGCAAACUUAAAGAGCAGACUCUUGUAUCUAAAGUAGGUCAGAAAUGGGAUAUUGCUAUGGCUGCACUAUAUCUUGUAUCCAAUGCAGGAAAAUACAUCAACGGAACAACAUUGGUUGUUGACGGGGGAGACUGGCUGAGCAAACCCUCCCAUCUUCCGAAAGAGGCGGUGAAGAAACUGUCCCGAGCCGUAGAGCGAAGGUCUAGAGAUAAACCAGUUGGGAUUCCUAAGAGCAAGCUUUAA